CUAUUUCUCAUCAAGCCAGCGUGCACUUUGACCCAAAGGAUAUCCUGUGCUUUCUCAGCAAUUCCAGCUCAAGAGAAAAGAGAGAAACGAUCUUGACAGCUUUUAUGCAUUUUUAUGAACACAUAAAGACAUUCUCCUGAAGCUGAAAACGGGAGACUGCAAAACAUUGACGAUGAUGAAAGAAGCCAAAGAAGAGGAGUCGACUCUGAGCGUCCAUGGUCACGGCGUCAAGGUUACAGAGGUGCUCAAAGACGGGGAUGGACUCACCUUUCUGAUUGUCUCUCAAAAACUGUCUGGAACAGGGGAGUACCACGUGGACCGGACUUAUGAAGACUUUGAAUGGCUGCAGCAGCAGCUGUUCACUCAAGAGGAUGUGCCCGGAAUACAAGGGGUCAUUUUUCCUCCUCUUCCUGCAAAGGCUCAGGUGAAUGCAUCAGCAAAAGCCGUCAAACAGCUGGGUUUCCUUGCUUUGGAAGAGUUGCAGCCAUACUGUGCAGCACUGGAGACCUUCAUCCACCAGGUGGCAGCACAUAACAUACUCAGCAAAAACAAAUCUUUGGAGAUCUUCCUCACCAGCUCUGAGCCGCCGGGUCGGCAGAGAGCGAGGAAAAACAUUUUCAACCGACUGAGUCAAGCUGUGGAAGAGAUGAGAAAAGAAAGCCAUAAGGAUGUUGACGACUUCUUUCAAAGCCAACGGGACAUGAACAUUGCUCUCACCGGCAGCACCAAAAAUGCUGUGGAGAAAUUCCUGGAUGUGGUGCUGAGCGAGCAAAAAAUAGCAGUGGCCUGUGGGCACUUUGCAGCCUCCCUGCAUCUGUGCGUGGAAUCAGGAGACGAUCCUGACAAAGCAGCUUUUUCCAAGAUUUGUGUGAAAUUAUCAGACAUCUUUGAGUCGAUGAAGAAGAACAUGACAAACGUCGCUAAGAAUGACGUCAGCACUCUUGGGCUGGGUCUGGAUCUUGAGUCACGCUAUCAGGAAGCGGAAAAGAAGGACCUGCAAACUGGUGGAGUUGGAAACUGCCAGAAAGAAUGCAGAGAAGGCCAAACCAGUCAAGAAGGCGGCUGUGAGUAUUUGGCUUUGUCUCAAAUGGAAUACUUUCAUCAAUAUACUUCAUUAGGUAUACUGAGUAGAUUAGAUUAGGUUAGAUUGUACUUUAUUAAUCCCACAGCGGGGAAAUUACAUGUUACAGCAGCGAGCAAGAUACACAAGUAAGGAAUACAAAAAUAAGAUCAGAUAAAAAAUAGGUAUAAAAGAUAUAAAAAGUCCUUAUUUCACAAGAAAUAAAAAUAUAAUUCUGUAAAGUGACCCUGUUAUAAACAGUACUGUAAUGUAAACAUUAAGCGAGAUAAAAAUAAUACAAUGUAAGUAACCCAAUACUAUAAGUACAGUUAUAGAGGGGGGAAAGUGACCUAGUGACUACAACAUGAUUCAGGUGGUGCAGGUGUCGUAGAGCCUGACAGCGGUCGGUAUGAAGGACCUGCGGAACCUCUCCUUCUUACACCGUGGGUGUAACAGUCUGCUGCUGAAGGAGCUGCUGAGGGAACCCACAGUGUCAUGAAGGGGGUGAGAGGUGUUGUCCAUGAUGGAUGUCAGCUCAGCCAACAUCCUUCUCUCCCCCACUUCCUCCACGGAGUCCAGAGGACCGUCCAGGACAGAGCUGGCUCUCCUGAUCAGUCUAUUGAUCCUGCUCCUUGUCCUUGUCCGUGCUGCCCCCUCUCCGGCAGCCCACAGCAUAGAAGAUGGCUGAGGCCACCACAGAGUCAUAAAAGGUCCGUAGGAGAGUCCUGCACACACCGAAGGACCUCAGUCUCCUCAGCAGGUGGAGGCGACGAUGGUACAGUAAUCCCUCGCCACUUUGCGCUUUGAAUUUCAUGGCUUCACUCUUAUCACGGGUUUUCAAAAAUAGAUUAAUAAAUGUUUUGUGUUUGAAAAUGGCCUACUAUUAGCCAAAAAUAUACAUACUGAAGCAAAUUUUCCUUUUUUUUUUUUGCCAAAAUGAAGUAUUUUCAACAUAAAAUUGGCUUAAUGAAGUAAAAUAAAAAUAUAAGACAUUCAGAAGACUAAUUCAAAGAUGUUGCGAAGAAAUUUAGUAUUCUACACUGGUCACCAGGUGUCAGUAAUGUUACUGUAAUGCUUGGUGAGAUGCACAAGCACCAGACUCAUUUUUUAAUGGUCUCACAACAGGCACAAUAAUCCCUAACACAGGCUACUGCUGUGGUUGUAACCCACGCCAUGCUACAACUCAAUCAGAUCCCUCUCCACCGGAACACACACGAGCACAUGUUGUGUUAUUUUUGUCUUAUUAUGUCUUACUUUCUCUUAUUAUGUCUACUAUACUAGGUAAUAGGAGUGUAAAGGUGACUAGAGCGGUGUUAUUUCAUGUCUAGAGGGCUCUAAUAAUGUUGAAAAUCUUAUUUAGAAGGUUUUAAAUAUUCAUUUAUAAAUAAGGAAUCCUACUUAGCAGAUAUUCACUUAUCGCUGUUGGGUCUGGAACGGGGCAUUCCAUUUGAGACAAAGCUAUUGAAGUAGUUGUGCAAUGACACCUUUGUGUCAGCAGGUGUCAGCAGAGUAGUGCUUGCCAACACCGACAAUUAAGCUGUACUGUAAGCACGAUCCACUCUC